AUGGAAGUGCCACCUGGUACAACAUCUUCAAACAAUGCUUCGAUGGGGCCACCAGGCAUGCCAAGCUUUCCACCAAUGCCUCCACCGCCGGGUUCAAUGGGUCCCGGCAACAUGCCUCCUCCACCGGGUUCGAUGGGUCCCGGCAACAUGCCUCCUCCACCAGGUUCGAUGGGUCCCGGCAACAUGCCUCCUCCACCGAUGGGCCCUCCUGGGCCGAUGCCGCCUGUGAGUUCUUCCAGCGGACCUCCAAAUAUGCCUCCGGGAAUGGGUCCGCCACCUGGAAUGAUGGGCAUGGGACCACCUGGAAUGGGACCGCCGCCACCUGGUAUGGGUCCGCCAGGUAUGGGAAUGGGACCUCCAAUGGGUCCACCUGGAAUGGGGCCUCCUAGAAUGCCCCCCGGAAUGAUGCGUGGAGGCCCAAAUAUGAAUGCAAAUUUCAACAAUUCUGGCAUGGAUAUGGGCCCACCAGGCAUGGGUCCACCACCCAAUAUGGGGCCUCCAGGAAUCGGCCAUGGGCCCUGGGACGGUCAGGGUCCUCCAGGAUGGGGGCGGCAAAACCGCCCUGAAGGUCCUCCUGGGUGGGAUGAUCAUCAUAAUGAUGAGGAAGAAGAUGAUGGUGAAGAGAAAGAAUCUGGGUCUCAACAGGGUUCUGCCGGACCAUUACCAUCGUUAUUGACAAUGAAAAUUGAUACUCCAGAAGAAUUCCGCAAUAAGCCUGCUCCUGCUAGUGGAGUUGUCUUGCCAAAAGCCUUAGAGGAAGCACUUGCUUACAAAGAUCAAAGACAAGCUGCUUUGGGGGAUGAAGAAAGAAAAGAGACUGAACAAGACAACCCACCAGAGGCUCCUCCUGCUCCUGUGAUCAGCUCUGAAUAUGAUGCUGAAGAAGAUGGAGAUUCAGAUGAUGACAAUAUUCCAGAGGCUCCAUUACCCCCUGUUAUUUCAAAACAAGAGGGUCAAGCUAAUAAAGCUAGCAAAAAUAAACGCAAAAAGAAGAAAAGGAAGGCUGCACGUCAAAAAAGAAAUGAAAGUAAAAAAGUGGAUGAACAGAGGAAUGAAAAGCCAAAUGAUCCCAAAAAGUCUAGUAACAAAGAAAAUGAAAAAGAAGUUGAAAUUGAAUACAUCCAGGAGAAUAUUCAAUUUCAUGAACUGGAGCCUAUGUACCGUCAGUUUCAUCGUAUUCUAGAAGCAUUUAAAAUCACUGAAAAAAAAGAGGAUGCCAUCAAAGAAGAGGCUGGUAAAGAUGCACCAAAGACGAGUUCUAAGCCUCUAGAGAAGGUGCAGGAUCAAUUUGCUGCUGACGAGGAAGCUGUGGAGAAACACGCAGCCGAUGAAAAGGAGCGUCUCUCGAAACGUAAACUCAAGAAGCUGUCACGUUUGUCCGUAGCAGAGCUCAAACAGUUGGUAUCGCGACCAGAUGUGGUCGAAAUGUACGACGUAACCGCGCGUGAUCCCAAGCUUCUCGUUCAGUUGAAAGCGCACAGAAACACUGUGCAGGUCCCAAGGCAUUGGUGUUAUAAGCGUAAGUACUUACAAGGAAAGAGAGGUAUAGAGAAACCACCAUUUGAUCUACCAGACUUUAUUAAGAAGACUGGCAUCAUGGAAAUGCGCGCUUCCCUGCAGGAUAAAGAAGAGACCAAGACUCUUAAGGCCAAAAUGCGUGAACGGACUCGACCCAAGUUGGGAAAGAUUGAUAUUGAUUACCAGAAAUUGCAUGAUGCUUUCUUUAAAUGGCAGACCAAACCACGUAUGACAAUACAUGGAGACUUGUACUAUGAGGGUAAGGAAUUCGAGACAAGACUUCGUGAAAAGAAACCUGGUGAUCUGUCAGAAGAACUAAGAACUGCUCUCGGGAUGCCAGUUGGUCCUGGCUCACACAAGGUGCCACCGCCAUGGCUGAUCGCCCAACAGCGUUACGGGCCGCCGCCCUCCUACCCUAAUCUGAAGAUCCCAGGACUUAAUGCACCCAUCCCAGAUGGAUGUGCUUUUGGCUAUCAUGCUGGUGGUUGGGGUAAGCCGCCCGUCGAUGAGGCAGGCAAGCCGCUUUAUGGUGAUGUCUUUGGACACCAGAGCAGCGGACAAGAUGACAAUGAAGAUCAAGACAUAGAUCGCACUAUGUGGGGAGAAUUGGAAUCCGAGUCGGAAGAAGAAUCUGAAGAAGAAGAGUCCGGUUCGGAGGAGGAGGGCAGUGCGGCGGGUGCGACGGGCGCGGGCGUGGCGAGCGGCACGGCCACGCCGGGCGAGGGGCUGGUGACGCCGCUCGGCAUCAGCUCCGUGCCGCCCGGCGUCGAGACGCCCGACACCAUCGAGCUGCGCAAGAAGAAGCUCGACAGCGACGUCGAGGGAGGAGGCGGCACGGCCACGCCGGGCGAGGGGCUGGUGACGCCGCUCGGCAUCAGCUCCGUACCGCCCGGCGUCGAGACGCCCGACACCAUCGAGCUGCGCAAGAAGAAGCUCGACAGCGACGUCGAGGGUGGCGACACACCAGCUCUUUACCAAGUGCUGCCCGAGAGACGAGUUGGGCUCACAUCGGGGAUGAUGGCAUCCACACACGUCUACGAUAUCAAUGCUGCAAAUCCUGGCAAGCGUGCGGCGGGUGCGGGUGCAGGCGCGGGCGCAGGGGCGGGCGCGGGUGGGGGCGGCGCGGGCGCCGGGGACGGCGGCGUAGAGGUGGCGCUCGACCCGUCCGAGCUGGAGCUGGAGCCCGAGGCGGUGGCGGCGCGCUACGAGCGUCACCUGCGCGAGCAGCGCCCACGCCACAAGGAGGACCUCUCCGACAUGCUCGCCGACCACGUCGCGCGCCAGAAGAACAAAAGGAAACGACAGCAGAAUACAGAUUCAAAACAAGCGAAGAAGUACAAGGAAUUCAAAUUCUAA